GCGCGCCCGGAGGAAGGAAGACGCGGGCAGAGGAAGCCGCGGGCCAAGAUGGAUGCUGCGGCCGGCCCUGCCGCCGCGGCGCGGGACGGGGAGGCGGGCGCGCUGCCCGAGCGGAUGCAGCGGCGCGACGAGGAGCGGCGGCAGGAGGCGGAGAGGCGAAGGCAGCACCGGCAGGACCAGGAGGUGGAGGGGGAGAAGCGGGACUACUUCGCGGCCGCCUUCGCCCGCGAGCGCGCGGCCGUGGAGGAGCUGCUGCAGGGCGAGGGGUCGGCCGAGCGGCUGGAGGCGGCGGCCGCCCGGCUCCAAGGCUUCCAGAAGCUCGUCAACGACUCGGUCUUGUUCUUGGCCUCCUACGACCUGCGGCAGGGCCAGGAAGCGGUGGCGAGGCUGCAGGCGGCGUUGGCGGAGCGGCGCCGGGAAGUGCAGCCCAAGCAGCGGUUCGCGUUCAAGAGCCGGAGGAAGGAGACCCCCGCGGCCCCCGCGGCCCCCUCGGCGCCCCGGGCCGCCGGCCGCCCGGCCUCCCCGCACCGCGCCGCGCCCGGGGACGGCGCCGCCGAGCCCUGCGGCUUCUCCGGUUUGGAGUCCCGGGUCCUGGAGAAGGGAGCGGAGGAACUGCGCCAGAGCGACAUCCUCCUGAGCGAGCUGAGCGACUGCACUGUCAGGCUGCGCGGCAAUCCCAACACGCUGCGCCUGGCCCGUGCCCGCGGCUGCACGGUGCUCUGCGGGCCCGUCUCCACCUCCGUGUUCCUGGAGGACUGCAGCGACUGCGUGCUGGCCGUGGCCUGCCAGCAGCUCCGCGUGCACACCACCAGAGACACGCGGGUCUUCCUGCACGUCACCAGCAGGGCCAUCGUGGAGGACUGCAGCGGCAUCCAGUUCGCCCCGUUCACCUGGAGCUACCCCGGCAUGGACAAGGACUUUGAGGCCUCUGGCUUAGAUAGGAGCAAAAAUCACUGGAACGACGUGGACGACUUCAACUGGCUGGCCCGAGACGAAGCGUCCCCGAACUGGAGUAUUCUCCCCGAAGAGGAGCGCGUGCGCCAGUGGGACUAGACCCGCCGCUGUCACUGUCCUGCACUCCUUCCAGACCCCCAUGCCCUCCUGGGGGACGCCAGGGUUUACAUGACUGUCCUCACACUCUGCGUCAAUAUUUUAAGAUCAGAGGGCGGGGCCCCGUUUUUUGUUAUUUGAAUGCUAGGGCUGAUGCGGUGAAAGCUGCUUCGCUGAGCUCCAGUAGGAGCUUUCACCGUGUGAAUUCUGCUAUUUAAAAUAGGGGGGAACCGGCCCCCGACGGAGACGCACACCCCGCCACACCUAACGGAGGCUCGAUGACUUUUGGCCUCCGGGGAGUGAAAUUGGUACUAGGAGCGUGAAGAGGGAGGGGCUGCCUAAUUGAAUCUCUUGGUCCCUUGUGCUCUCUGAUAGGCUGCGGGGCGACCAAUGGGAUGCGGAGGUGAGGGAGUGGGCUGAACCUGUGUAAGGUGGGGGAGGGCCUUCUAGAUGCUAACCUUAAGCAGAAGAAAGGUUUUUGCUGGGGAAGACUCUUGGGUGCCCUGGUCUAUUCCAUUCCCACUGCUGCUGCCUACGGGCCACUACCGCGCCUGCUGUGGCUUCAGGCCACGUGGGAAACCUCUGGCGCUUUUCUAUUCCCGCCCCCAAACCAAUCUGAGCUCCCCACCAAACCCGGCUGCCUUAAGUUUCCCCUCAGCGUCUGUUGAUGCCACUCUGGCCAGAUCUGUGGCUUCCAACUGCUGAACGGGAAGAGAAGGUUUGGGCGGGGGGGGAGGGGAAGGGCAGGUGUUGAACCGAAAGCUCUUAUUUUUUGUUUAUUUGAGGGCCACACCCUUAUGUCUUAAGGUAUUCCAGGUUCUGCUCAAGGAGUUUCACGGGGGACCAGAUGGGGUGCCAAGGAUUGAACCCGGAUUGGCUGCGUGCAAGGCAAACACCAUACCCCCCACUAUACUAUUGUUCCGGCUCGAAACUGUUAAAUAAAAAUUGUUGCAAGGUU